UGCUCAGUCCGAGUCCUAUUUGCUUUAAACUUGCGCGCAGCAGUGGCUCAAACUUAAGGCUGUGUGCUGCAAUUCCAAAAUGGCCGACCAGGAUGAUACCCUCCCGUUGGAAAACGGUAUGGAUGGACUUGGAGAGGUAGCCAGGGCAGAUGAGUACCAGCUGGUGCAGGAGGAGGAUGAUUGGUCCGAAGAGGAACUCGACAAGUACUGCAAGUUCAAAGACUAUCUGGCUACGUUGGCCAAGCAGUUGAACGAUGAACCACACGAUGAGGAGCCUGGCUACAAGGAUGGUAGUGAAGCGGAAGCUGUACCCCUGGAGGCUGGUGGGGGUGAUCCGGCCUGUGACCAAACCUAUGAGGUGCCAUCAAGUGAACGGCUAUCACCGGUUGGAGUUGACGUUGAGCUUGACUCAGACGAGGAGAUCAACAAGCCUUUGAAACCCAAAGGAACUCACAAGGACCGAGAACCACGUCGAGCUGCGUCGCACGUUUCCAUGGGCCCGGAGCCUUUGAUGGAGGUGAACACAGCGAAAACCUUGGCGGCUCGCAUGUCCAGGUUCAUGGAGACUUGGAUUCGGCAGUUCCCCAACAAGAGACUGCCGCCCAAUCCGUUUCGUGAGGAGAUUGAAGCCAACAAAGAGAUGGAGGGCGACGGUGUCUACACUGGAGUUUUUGAACCUGGACAAGAUGAGCUUCCGGAGUCUGCGCCAACUGCCGAAGAGGAGACGCAGCGAGAUGGAGUGCCUGAAGAGGGGGCAAUCCUUGGCUUUUUGAAGCAAAAGCUUUCGGAGUGCAGUCGUGAGUCAGCAGAGCGUACCAAGAUAUGGACUGAUGUUGCUAAAGGUCCUCGAGGUGGUCCAACAUCAUCUCGGGCCCCAACAUCUUUCCAUAUGAAAGGAAUCAUGCUCACCACGCCAAACAAGCCGACCUUCUUGAAUGUUCCUGAAAUGACGCCUGACCCUGUAGACCCAGUAGCAAAGAAGGGGUUGUUGCGCGAAAAGCGGGAGGAAGUAGCUGCGAAAGGUCGCAGCAAAGGAGCUAACAAAGGUGAAAGGGCAAAGAAAACAAAGGCACAGGUGAAGACUGUGAAGUCUAAGCCUCAAAAGCGUCAGCCAAACAAUGGCCCAAUGGAGGCUGCUUUUCGCAAAUUUGUGGAGAAGCAGAAGAAGGUAGGGGUGCAUUACUGGAAGGCAUUGAAAAUGUGGAAAGUUUCGCCAGAAAGGGGAACCAUUAUUGCCUCCAUGUCGCCGUCUGAACAGAAGCGGCGCCGAUUUGCUUAAAAAGUGAUUUAAUGUGAUCGAAAGAGCUUCCUUGAGUUCUUGAGCGGGGAUGUGAAGCCCAAAACAAGUGCUCUCAUGUUCAAAAGGUAGCAACUUCUUGCUUAUAGAUUCUGUGUGAGGGUAGUGGGCUUCACUUUUUUGGGGUCAGAAUUCUUAGCAGUUUUCUCAGCUGCUAAAUCAAUUUGUUGGGUCCUUUUGCAGAAAGCGCAAAGGGUUGUCAUCUUGUCGGAUCAAGAUGGACUCCAUCAGACGUAGAAUCUAGAAGUCUUGCUAGCGCAAAACAAUGUGUGUGUUUCGCGUGGCUGUUGGCGCGAGAUGAGCCUGUCAUGUGGUGUGCGUGUUAGUGGCAACUAUAGCGAUU